AUGGCCUGGCCACCCGCUGUCGUUAUUGUCGUUAGGCACGGCGCUCGUCUCGAUGCCGCAGAUGAGCAAUGGCAUCUUACGUCGCCAACGCCCUACGACCCCCCCCUCACUUAUGGUGGUUGGACCCAGUCAAGAGCCCUAGGCCAACGCAUAGCAAGCAUCUUGCGAAGCCGAGAAACCGACGAUGAUAUACCUGGCACAAACGAGGGAGGCGAGAGGCGUGAACAAGUUGGAGGUAGCGGGAGGAAACGUAGACACAAGGUCGUUAUACAUACUUCACCGUUCCAACGCUGUGUUCAAACUUCGAUCGCCAUCAGUGCAGGGCUUGCUCAGAGUCCUAGCCAGACCCGAAGCCGGUCACCAUCAGUUCAAUCGAACAGCAGCAAGACAUCCCAGAUACACGCCUCUCCUAAGACUCGGCCAAAAGUAGCAACGGACUCUCCUACCUUGGCUCCCAUUCCAGAACCCGCCAGAGUCAGUGUCAGGCCCCACGAACAGCCCAGUAAUAUCAAGAAGGCUACCAUACGUGUCGAUGCAUUUCUUGGGGAGUGGCUGACGCCUGAUUACUUUGAGCUUAUUACUCCACCGCCGAGCUCUGUUAUGAUGGUCGCAGGAGCAAAAGCAGAUCUGCUACGACGAGAGGAUCAUCACAACCUAAUCCAUGUUAAGGAUUUUAUUGGUACCGCUCAGAAUAAGCCAUUCCCAGGUGGAUGGGGCAGUCCUGUUGUUGCCGCCGAGCCUGACAAGGACGAUGGACCUUUAUCCAGUCUGUCUGCUCUGGGCCAGGCGCUGCAUCGACGAGACAGAACUAGCAGCUUGAGUAGCGUGGGGACCAAUGGAAGCCACUAUACUGCCCGAAGUAAUGCUCCAUUGCCAGCUCCUACAGACCAUGGUAUCUACCAGCCUCCGAUACCUAGCUAUGCCAUCUCGCUCUCCAACCCUAUCCCUCCAGGCUACGUAGCACACGCUCGAGAUGCUUGCGUCAAUGUAGACUAUCAAUGGGACAGUAUGCGCGAACCCCAGAACUGGGGAAAUGGUGGUGAAUAUGGCGAGGAGUGGAGUUCGAUGCAUAAGAGAUUCCGAAAAGGAUUGCAGCAGCUGGUGAGCUGGUACAAUACAAACGAUGAUCGAGGAACCGCUUUCACGAAACUGCCGCCCCCUUCCCAUGCAUUUGGGGGGGAUGAAGAGGACAACUCGGACGAUGAAGAUACUGAUCUCGUGGUCAUUCUAGUGACUCAUGGUGCAGGCUGCAAUGCUCUGAUCGGUGCUUUGACACACCAACCAGUGUUAUUAGAUGUUGGUAUGGCAUCUUUGACCAUGGCGGUUCGCAAGCCAACUCCACCCAAUUCGCCAACAUCCACGCCCAGUGCAACUCCCAAGGCACACUCUCGUGCUUCGUCGAGAAACGUCGGCAUUUCUGAUCAAUACGACGUCAAACUCGUGGCGAACACUGAGCACCUCCGCCCCAGCACCACGUCGACACCGACAUCAUCUCGAGCUACGUCUGUUGCGGGUCAUCCUACCUUUCGGGAACGAUUCGUUGCGAAUAAUGCACCAUUCGAUAUGAAUAAAUCACGUCCCAUCCUAUCUGGUAAUUUCGGGAGUAUGCGUCGCACAGCGAGUAUUGCAGGUUCUGCGUCUCGAAAUUACCUACCGGCCAGACAGAGCUCAAUUGGACUUUGGAGUGCGCCCCAACCCGAAGAAGAGGCCUCCGAAGAAGCUGAGGACGAUAUGAUUUUGAAUUUCGGCGAUACUGAUGAGAAUGCGAACAAGGUUGAGGAGCCAGAGGAAGCGGUGCUUGACCCGGCGAAAGAUGACGACGAUGAAAUAGCGCCAUUAGGUCUUUGGGGCAAACCACCUGGAUAUGCAGAUAAGCUCCGGGAUGUUCCUCAAAAGCGCAGGUGGACAGUAAAUGAGCGUGCUUAG